AUGGCAAAGGUGAUGAACCUCCGUGUAGAGACUGGUCUCGACAAUGACACAUUGACACACCAUAGCAGCGCACAUCUCGAGCAGCAAGAUCUCAUUGUAGAAGAGCCGCAGGCUCUGCAAUGGAUGACCGUUCCACCUCUUCCAGGUGUGCCCUCCUUGUUUGCUGAAGCUCUCCGGCUUACUGAAUUUGAAACACUCCAAGAGAGUCUUGCGAAAGCCUCUGGUAAUUCUCUAGGCAUAGAGGACUUGUCACUUGUCAUGGAUGGAUAUAACUCUUGCAAUUGUGUGGCAGGAGACAACGGACCAAUUGAACAAUGUCCACAUUUACAGGAACACAAUAACAUAGCCUUUCUUCGGAGCGUUAAGGCGCGGUUAGAACAUCUUGAGAUUCUCGAAAAGAAGGCUGCUGGCUCUAAGUCUAACCCUUUCGCAGAUGAUAUUCCUAUUCUGAGGACCACCUUGUACGAGCGUAUACGCACAAUCUUGCAAAAGACCGAUUGUGGCAAAGACGAUUGCCACUUUAGACAAUACCUGUUGAGCUUCUGCAAGGACCUUGAUGACAUGGCGGUACCUUCUCCCGCCGAGGACCUUUCUUUGUUACGCACUUGCAGUGCUGGUAAGCUUUGUGUCAAUCUUUCUUUCGGUAGUAAUAUAUUGUUGGUCAUUCUCAAGAUAAUUGCCUACUCGCUUUCGCUAUCUAUGUCUGUCUUGGCAUCCAUGGUGGACUCGUGCCUUGAUAUCCUCUCGGGACUGGUUCUCUUCAUAUGCGCACGCUUGGCUCGCUCGGGGGCUGAGAAGACGGGACACCAGGACUCACUGAAGCUCCAGAAGCAAAGUAUCACUUAUCCCAUCGGAAAGAGGCGUUAUGAGACCCUUGGUGUGCUAUCCUUUGCAUGCAUCAUGGGGACAUUCGCUGCAACUCUUGCUUAUGAAUCCAUUCAGCAGAUCAUACAGCUGGCUAAGGGCGUUCCCGACAACCCAGCUCGUUUUGACACCUUGCAAAUUGUUAUAAUAGGUUUCACCAUUGUACUAAAGCUAUUCUUGUGUCUCUUUUGUCACUUUGUGGGGAGGGAGGCUAAGAUCUUAUCUGAUGCGUGUUUAGCCUAUCGUGACGAUCACCGAAACGAUGUCCUUUCCAAUUCCCUCGGGUUUGUAGCUGCCUUCGUCGGGUCCAAGUUCAAUGGGCAUGACGGGACUGUUAAUCUUUCUUACAUUGAUCCCGUGGGCUCCCUUAUUUUGUGCAUUUAUAUACUGAUUAACUGGACCCUUGCCGCACGGACGCAGAUACGCUCGAUGAUUGGGCGCUCUUUAGGUGUGGAAGACCAGGCCCGACUAGUUCUUCAUGCCAUGCACUUUGAUCCGUCCAUUGAACGCAUCAACGAAGUGCUCGCCUAUCAGUGCGGGAAGGAGUCUACGGUAGAGGUGACGAUCUGUCUUCCUGACCAGAUGUAUGUGUGUAGCUGCCAUGACAUAGUGCACGGUCUCCAGGAUCACAUUCAAAGACUUGACUUUGUAGAGCGGUGCUUCGUACACGUCGAGUCCACAAAUUGCCAUAUACUAGCUAACGCAGAGGUAUAA